UGCUCAACAUCUUCACAGCAAACUCAACAGUCUUCUUCUACCUUCAAGCAAAUCUUUCUCCUCCAUUUUCAGAUCUUUCCUCUUAAAAUCAGUCAUGGGUGUCACUACCUUUACCCAAGAAUUCACAGCCCCAAUUGCCCCAUCAAGAAUGUUCAAGGCUUUGAUUCUCGAUUCCCACAAUCUCAUCCCCAAGAUUGCCCCCAAGGUAAAGAGUAUUGAGUUCAUCGAAGGAGAUGGAGGUGUUGGAAGCAUCAAGCAGACUAACUUUGCUGAAGGUGGUCACUUGAAAUGUUUGAAACAUAAGAUUGAUGCUCUUGACUUAGAUAACCUCGUUUGCAAGUACACCUUGAUUGAAGGUGGUGUGAUCUUUGAUAAAAUAGAAUCGGUAGUAUACGAGGUCAAAUUUGAGGCUUCAAGCAAUGGCGGAUGCAUUUGCAAGAUGUCUAGUGAGUAUCACACGAAAACUGGUGUGGAGCUCAAGGAAGAGGACAUCAAACAAGGCAAAGAGAAGGCUAUGGGUUUGUACAAGGUGGUCGAGGAGUACCUUUCUGCCAAUCCUGAUGUCUAUGCUUGAUGCUCCUUUUAAUUAAACCAUCUGCUUUCGGCAAAAACUCUGAGGAGUUAUCAUUUGUUUUUCCUUUUUGGGCCAUGUUGUAUGGAAUUUGCUUUGGGAGAUCCAAGUCUUGGGUCUUAAGUUCUUCCGGGAUUUAUCAAUUUGGAAUAAACAAAUUUCUUUGUGAA